AUGGUCCGGCGGAAUAAUAAGUCGACUGAAAGCACAAUUGUGUUCACACGAGGUGCAGGCGACAACAGUCUGUGGGACGAUGCCGACCUAAUUCGUUUGUGGAAUGCACAACUGGAAGAGGACCAAUGUGAAAAGGCAGAAGAUGAAGCACCAGUACCAUCGACGGUAUCGGAAGACGGAAGCUUGAUCACUACGGAAGAUGAUGAAGUGGCAGAGUCUGAGCAAAAAUCAUCGUUGCGUUCCUUUCAGUCUGGGCAGCGGGAGGCGGGGGUGGCUUCGGCUAUUGUUACCGCUGCCCCCAUUAAUGCGUCGGUGGCUCCUGUAGUCUUGCAUCAAAGUAUGUUUGACAGACUUCCCGCUGACAUCCGCCAGCUGUUGGUGGCUUACUUCAAUGCGGGUUAUGAGGCAGGUUAUUUUGUGGGUAAACGUGACGGAUCGAGUAAGGUAGGUGGAAAGCGUGCUCGUGGAGAGUAA